UGUAGUGGUAACACGGCGGAUUUUGAAAAGUUUAAGAUUGCGCAACUCUCGGUUCGAAUCCGAGUGAGACUUUUUGCCACUGGCCGUCCCUUGCCACCGAUCAUUCGGAGCCAGUCAACCGCAGCUCGUAAAACCACCGAGUCCAAUAGCAAAGAACAAAGAGCAUCUACGUGUCCUCCUCUGGUAAAUUACCAACAUCUACAGCUGUACACCCCUCGCAGCUGCAGUGGUUCUAAAACCUCCGAUUUCCCACCGGAACUGCAAGUGCCAAGUGCAGGGCAGAGCGUUUCAUCCCUCGAAAGUCGUAUUGAAACUCUUUUGUUUCGAGUCGGAUAUAACCUUGAAUGGACCCUUUUUGCUGUGCGAAUGUUGGGCGUGCACUGUCGAGCGUUAGCCAAACCCCGCGAUUUGGUAUUGACGCUGCCAUCGUCGAGACCUACGCUUCCCUUGUAG